AUGGGCGCUCAUCUGGUGCGGAGAUAUAUGGGGGAACCAGAACCGGACCCCAGAACCAUACCGGCCAGUCCUGUGGGAGAACAAUUCCAGGAAAGGGAGAUGGUGGCCACCCAGGAAGAGAUGAACUUGGCUAAGCUGCCGCUGGCUCACCGGGAUUACUGCGCCCAUCUCCUCAUCAAACUCAUGAAGUGUAAGAGGGACAUGGGGCUCAAUAUCUUCGGCUGCAUGGACGAGCGCCAUGAGUAUGAUUACUGCCAGCACUUGGAUUACGUCCAGCGAAUGAAGCAGUACGAGCGAGAACGGCGCCUGCUAGUGAGGAAAGCGUACAAAGAGCAAAUGAACGCCGAGUGA